GACUCAAAAUACAAAAACUAUAGCUUCGUCUCUGCGUGGAAAUUGAAGAAUCUACACCAUAUUUUGUAAUCCUGCUUUGAAAGUAUGAGAGCUUGUAGGAUUUACAACUGCUUACAACACAGAGGUGUAAGGAGAAUAUGUUCUUCAUUUACUCUUUUUUCUCGCAUUCAUGAAUAUGACCCUUCUUCAAAACCGGGUCUUUAUGCCAUUCUUGGCGCCAUCAAUGCUACCUGCAUUUCUCCCAAACCCACAUCGUGUUUUGCUUCUAUCACCGCUUUUCGCCACUUACACGCUACUUCUUCUAUUCGUAACCACGACGGUGCUGAUGAAGCUUCAGAUGAAUCUAAUGGCGAAGUGGAACCAAUUGAUUCGUGGGAGGAAGAGGAUGAAGCUGAGCCUGAGGUUGGUGAUGGAGGUGAUGGUGGUGGAGUUGUUCUUAACAAUUGCCCUUGGGGUGAGAAAGCAUUAUCUAUAGCUCAAGAAGUUCUUCGGGAGUUUAGUGAAGAGAUGCAGCUCUAUGCAUUCAAAACGUCUCCUCGAGGCUACAUCUAUGUGAGACUAGAUAAACUUUCAAAUGAAUACGGGUGUCCCAGCAUGGAUGAGAUUGAGGCAUUCAGUCGCCAAUAUAAGAAAUCAUUGGAUGAAGAAAUCCCAGAUGAUUUAGCUCUUGAAGUAUCUAGCCCUGGUGCAGAUCGGUUGCUGAGAGUACCGGAUGACCUGCUGAGGUUCAAGGAUAUGGCAAUGAUAGUCAACUAUUUGGAAGAUUCAGAUACGAGAUCCCCAGAAAAGGAAGCAGUGUACCUUCUCGACUCCAUUGAAACAGAGUCGAAAUGCUGUGUUUGGAAGCUGGCAGACGUGAGGGAGAAUCGAGACCCUGCAGCUAAGGGAAGGCCAAUGAGCCGCAAACAGAGAGAUUGCAUGCUAAAACUACCGUACGAUGUGAUAAAGCGGGUAAAACUUUACAUUGGUUGUUAUCGAAGGCAGUAAGUCUCUCAGUACACAAUUUUUGAGUGAAAAUCUACCAUGAAAUGUUUAACAAGAUUCAUGGGGCACCCGUCUUCCAGUUUUCAGUUGUAAUCCCUCAAAUUCCCGUCUCAUGAAUUGAUCAAUGAAAAGUUUUUAGUAUCUUAUA